GUAAUAGAUAGACGGAGAGAGACGACCGGUCUUAGGGGAAGGGACGACUGACUGGUCGCACGUGGAGUGCUGGUCGAUGUCAAGACGGGGCUCCGUUCCGGAUGAUGAGGGAAACCUUUGAUGAGAGGAGGUGAAGCAACAAGGGGCAGGUCACCACCGUAGGUGUCAUCUACCACUUACCCUAUCUGGCAGCAAACACCAUUGCCCAUGACUCUUGGUGGGUUUCACAGCCAUAAGAAGGCCACUUGGUUGUGACUCUGAGAGAGAUGGCUUUGAGGACCUCAAUGAGAAGCACAUGUGUGACAUGUAAGAGCGGGACUUUGCCACAUCGGGAUGUGACGUUGUUUCUUGGAAAUCAUUGCGAGUCGGAGGUCUCUACAGGUGCACUCCAUUUGGGGAAACACAGACGACCGGGUACUAGCUUCUUCAACACCUCCACAACCAUAGCAAGUGCUGGAGUAUCUCCGGUUUUCCUUCCGCAAUCGCGUUCAGGAGGAACGGUGAAGGGCAAACCAACUGCCAAGCCAACCCGCUUUCCGCUGACGAGAACCGCGCUGCAUUGUUGGAGAGAGCAUGAGGGCUCGCAUGAGGCUGGGAGGCCUCAUGCUCCGCAAAAUGCUUGGCGUUUGAAACCUCGAGAGUUGCCAACAGCUUUCUUCGCCCGGAGGCAAAGUCGGUGUGUGAAGGGAUCCGAAGCACGAGUAAACCAGUACGGGCCACCUGGCGAGCUGAUUCCGGGUGCAGCUAUGGCUUCCGCAGAGUCCGACCCUGUGCGUCAUUGGAUUACCACAGAGGGAGGGGCGACACAGAUAACGCGCAUCUGGCCCAUUGGGGGGGGUUGCAUAAACGAUGCAAGUCGCUAUGACACGGAUGUCGGUCCAUUUUUCGUCAAAAUAAACCGGAACGAAGGGCCUUCCAUGUUCGCAGCCGAACAAGCUGGCCUGGAGGCCAUGCACAAUACAGGAACCAUCCGUGUGCCAAGGCCAUAUAAGGUGGGACCACUGCCACGACGAGGGUCCUACAUCAUCAUGGAGUACAUUCAAUUUGGAGCUUCUAACAGGAGCCAGGCAGUGCUGGGCGAACAGCUUGCAGAGAUGCAUCUGAAGGGGUCAACGGACAGGGGCUUUGGCUUCCACAUGGAUAAUACCAUCGGGAGCACGCCGCAACAUAACCCGUGGACGAAGGACUGGGUGGAGUUCUUUCGCGUGCACCGAUUAGGCUUCCAGCUCUCACUGGCGCAGCAGCAAUACAAUGACCAAGACAUCUACGUCAAGGGGCAACGACUUCUCGAGAAACUGCCAGAGAUAUUCAGCGGUGUGCACGUGCAGCCAGUUUUGCUUCAUGGUGACCUUUGGAGCGGUAAUAUCAGCGCCGAUGUGGAUGGGAACCCGGUUAUCCUUGAUCCUGCGUGCUAUUACGGGCACAGCGAGGCAGAGUUCGGGAUGUCGUGGUGUGCGAGCUUUUCACCCUCCUUCUACAAUGCCUAUUUCAAGGUCAUCCCAAAGCAACCGGGGUUCGAAACCAGGGUGGAGCUCUACAAGUUGUAUCAUUAUCUGAAUCACUACAAUCUGUUUGGCAGCGGAUACAGAAGUUCCUGCAUGUCCAUCAUCAAGCAGUUUGUUUAAACCACCAGGGUCCCAACCGCCAGGAGCUCCUGAAAAAAAAAGGGCUACACAAACCUCUGCAGACAGAAGAGAAACCUCCGGGCCCCGGCCGUUAGAUUGUCAAUGCAAUGGACAAACAGGUAAAAAAAGAAGGGUGGGCUGUUUGGUAUACCAUGGGGGUGGUGAAAGAUAGUUGCGGUUUAAGGGGGCUUAGCAAUCAUCCAGGAUACCAUCCACUCAAGUUGGGGUUUAAGGGGGUUUACACACUCAGGAGGGCAUACACCCUAGUUGGGGUUUAAGGGAGCUUAGUCGCUUAGGAGAGCAUACACCCUAUGGAAUAGGGGUGAUCAUAGUGUGAGGGGUGUCAUUUACACGGUGAGGAGUCUUUCUUAAACCGGCUGUAUGGUGUCUGUUAGCAGUGUAUGUCAUGACCAGGAGAUGAUAGAACAUUCCGUUGUAUUCAGAUAUUGUAAUUAUAAAAGAAAAAAGAAGAAAUAAGUUCAAAUAACUAUGGCAGAGUCAAGCUUUCAAGUUUCAACUGACUUAAAAAAAAAAAAAAAAAAAAAAAAAAACUCGGAGAAGCACUUUUAUCAG